GAAACAGAAGGUGAAGGAAGCAAAUUCAAACUGCCAAAGUUUGGGAUUUCCCUUCCAAAGGUCAAAGGAACAGGACUGGAUAUUAACGCACCCAAGCCAGAUGUUGAUAUUAGGCUUCCAGAGGCUAAAAUACAAGCAAAGGUUCCUGAAGUAGACAUUGAGGCACCCUCAGUGGAAGGCAAAAUAGAAAUUCCAGAAAUCGAUGGAAAGGGUCUUGACGUGAAACUAAAGAAGCCAAAAAAAUCAUUGCCCAAGUUUGGAAUUUCAAAGGCAGAUAUGAAAGUCCCAGAGGCUGAGAUUGAUGUCAACCUCCCAAAAGGAGAUAUUUCUCUUCCCGAAGGAGCAGUAGAAAUCAAAGGGCCAGAGGUGGAUAUCAAAGGUCCAAAGAUUGAAGCAGAAGUAAAAGAUAAAGAUAUUGACAUUGAGGGCUCUCAUGGGAAAUUUAAAAUGCCGUCUUUUAAAAUGCCAAAAUUUGGAUUUUCAACUCCAAAAGUUAAAGCAGAAGCACCAGAAGUCAGUACCGACAUCUCGAUACCUGACAUAGAUGCUCCAUCAGGAAAAGUAGGUGUGGACAUUGAAGCACCACGUGUAGACGUUGAGAAGCCAGACAGCAAAUUUCAAAUGCCCAAAGUCAAAAUGUUAGACAUGGAUAUAUCUCUUCCCAGAGUCAAAGGCCCAGAGAUAGACAUUCAACAACCAAAAGCACAAGCUGAUGUUUCCAUUUCAAAGCCAGAUCUUGAUGUUAAAGGGCCUGAAGUAGAUCUUAAAUCUCCAUCAACACCAAAAACAUCUAGAAUUCAUCUGCCUACAUUUGGAGAUUUACUUAAGGGAUUCGAUCUAGAAUUCCAUGUCCCUUCAUUGGACGCUGAAGAUCAAUUGGUAUCUCCUCAAGCAGAUAUUUUUCACUCGAGGGUGAAUAAGGGCGACAAUGAGGGCAGUAGUGUUCUUACAGUCGAUCAAAAAGAACAGAUUUCUGCUGAUGUCAUUCUCCCAAACCUACAAACUGGUGACCUUGGUGCUAAAGAAUGCAUUGAAGCCACCUCUGAAACCAAGGAAACAGACAUUCCACAUAAAAAGGAGAGGUUUGGGAAAUCUAGGUUUAGGUUUCCCAAGCUGGGUUUUGGUGAUUCCUCACACGAAGACAGUAAGACAGAAAACACUUCCCUUAUCAGCGGAGCAACAGAAAAGCCACUUGUAACUCCAGAAAAAGCAGAAACCAUAGGAAUAGAAACUUCAGCAAAGACUGAUAAAGGUAGUUGGUUUAAGUUUCCAAAACUUGGGAUUUCGUCACCCUCAAAAACUGCCAAAGAUCCUGACGACCAGGUCAUCCAGCCCUGUGGGGAUACAGGUGAUACUGAGGGAGAUACAAGUUUGACUUCUUCUUUGAAAUCAUCUGAUGCUUAUGCUGAUGUUAGCUCUGAAAUGACUAAUGAACAAAUAGCCCCCUCCGGUGCCUCUCCUACAAAAUGCAGGGUGAAAUAUUCAGAGCCUACUGUUAUGACUGCUGGCAGUGUGUUGAAAUCCCCAAGCCAUAUUAUUACUUCCACAGCAAGAACUGAAUUGAUCCUUUUGGAACCACAUUUACCAGAGAAAAUGGACACUGCCACUUCUCCUCCCUCUGCCACUGUCAUUUCAUCAUUACAAGACACAUCAAAAGUGCCCGCAUGGCUUAACCCAUUGUCUAAAACUGCAGAAGAUAUCACUUCAAGAAAACAAGAAAUAAGUACCACUGAAACAAGCACAGUGCAGACUCUGCCCAUACAAAAAGUGACUGUAAAAGCAGGUUCGGCACCUUGGACAACCAAUCAAUCAGCCAAAAGUAUUACAGAACCCCCUAAAACACACAUGUCUGUGGAGAAGCAUAUAGUAAAGGAAAAAUCUGGUAACGAGAAGGAGACAGUUGUUAUAACCCAGAGAACUGAGCAACAUCAAACUGCUGAGGGGUCCACUGAACUGAUAACUGAAGGGACAGCGUCUGCAAUCAAAAAGCUAAGAGACACAAUGCACUCAGAAAAGAUGAAGUUUUUUGAAGGCGCAGAAAAGCCCACAACUUCUGUAAGCAGUCACACGUCAGAGGAAGGUGAAUUAAACAAGAAUGCUUCCGCUGAAAGUAAAUAAUGUUGGACAUUUACACUUCCUUUUGCAUUGUCUUGUACCUGUUUACUGGAAACUUGUGUAUUUAUGUAAGGACAUUUCUAGCGUAUAUAAACAGAUGCUUAUAUACUCAUGUUUUAUUUGCUCACAAAGAUUCAUUUACUACAGUAUGUAUUAAUGUGUUUAGCAAACAUCAUAUCUAACAGUACACCUGAUUUGCAAAACGUCAUACCAUUAUUCCAGGUCUACUGCCGAAGGAACACAGUCAUCAUAAAUACACAGAACAGAAUUCAGCAGAUAUGAACUUCAAAAGUUAAACAUACUGACAGGUAUUUGUCUUCCUAAAAAAGAACUGGAAAGACAUAUUAAGCUAACAGUUUUUCUUUUCCUGUAUUUUAGCUUUAAAGACUCACUUUUUAAUGGUGAUAUGCACAUUAUGCAAUAUGAAAUAUUAUAGAAGAAGUAACUAUUAAUCAUUUUCUAGUAGAUUCCACUUGGUGUAUGGCUCAUACUUAGAGGAUUUAGAAUAACAACAAAACAAUUAAGCAUAACGUUGAGCUGAAUUCAGAAAAGCUAUAUGAGGUUUGUUCCACUUGGGGAAAUAGAAGUAAAAAGAAGGAUAGAAAAUUGUAAAGUGUGAAAAUAUGUGGUGUAAAUAUAUUGUAUUUGCUACUAUAUUUUACUUAGCCCAUUGCAAUUUCUUUACUGGUGGCACCAAUACUUUGUAUCUACUGUAGCUUUGGCUGAUGCAAUCAAUGUAUUUGAACAAGAUCAUUCAAUAAAUUUUGAAAAAAAGA